AUGUUAGGUACAAUUCUAAAGCUAUGCGAGCAAACGUCUCAAAGAAGUACAGUAUCAGAUAAGCAACUGAUGCAAAUGGUCACUGCGAAGGCGAUGAUACCAGGGAUGUUUAAAAUAGUGGUAUUCUUUAUAAAGGCCUCUACAAUACCUGUCACGACCACAAACGAACCGAUUAUUCCAAAUACAAACGAACCUAUAAAAGUAUCAGUGGAAAUAGCAAUUUUUGAGAAGAACACUUUGAAUAGUAAUGAUCCCAACAUAUCAAGUGGAUUCCAAGUAACAAUAUUUAUGGACAACAGUAAUUCUUCGGAAGACAUACGUAUUAAUUAUGUUACUGUGGAAAUACCUGGCACUGAUCAAAUUAAAACAAUACAUAACUUCAGUAAUCCUGACACAGAAAACAUGUCUUUUCUUGUUUUUAGAAACAAUGAUAAUAUUAGCCUAUGGCCGAUAAAAUCUCGAAAGUCUGUUCAACCGGGUCCGUCGGGUCAGUCUGUUCAGCCGGGUCAGUCACUACUAAAGCCAAUAUUACAUCCUAACAAUCUAGAUACGAGCUGCACACAUGAAACCACAAGAAUGUAUGUUCAAAGUCAAACACCAAUAGAUAUGCCAUCUAGAAGUUACAUUUUUCCGAAUGCUAUCAAAUCGAAUACAAUUAUAUGUAAGCGAUGUCUGUCAAUGUCUCAAAGAAGCGACGCGACAAGGCGGCCAAAAAAGCAAAGGGUCACUGCGGCAGAGACGGUGACGUCUAAUAAUGUUACAAUGACAAGUCACUCAAGCAACCUCCAUUCAUUACCGGCUUCCACUCCAACUGAGCCAACUAUUUUUGAUAUGUCGCUGAAUUCAGACGAACAUAUCGAUAUUAACAAUAGAACAAUAAUGGGACACUCUGAGAACACUCAUUCUGUACCUUUAACCACUCAAUCAGUGCCAAUUAUUUUUGAUAGCCCGCUGAAUAUAGUUGAAGAGAGAAAUAUUGGUUCUACAUGGCAGCUCGACGAUCCAGGGGAGUCAGUUGUAUGGUUGAAUGAUAGCUUUACGGACGACAGCAAUUAUGCUUUAUAUCUGACUGAAGACGAUAAAUAUGAUUCCUUCGCUGAACAAUUGAACGAUUAA